CUCAGAUGGAAUCUCCGCGCGAACUGAGAUGGAUUUUUUUCUUUUACGCGGAAAGUUUGACUUUACGCGCAAAUUUAAGUGGGAGGAAUCUGAUCCGGUGGGAAACGACCUCCUCUGACGCGUCGAUUCAGGGUUCAGUUUAGUUUCUGCAGACUUCGGCACAUUUGAAGGUGGAAGCUGCUGCGGGAGACUUCACGCGCCGCACUCUGAAGAAGCGGCUCUGAAUGGAGUUUUAACUCAACCUCUUCCAGGAACUCAGAGGAGACAAAUCGCGGACUCAAGGAGGACACCGCAGAGUUAUACCCAAGCCUGAUCCAAAAACGCGUAAAGACGCUCUCAGGGCUUCACGUCGGACUUUAACUUCCUCGGGGUUGUGCGUAAAACCUCGGCGCACCGGACAGGAAGUGAAGUAAUCUUUAUUAAACACCAUCCAUCGUUUCAGCAUCUAAUGUGAGCUGACUGGACCGCAGCCAAUCACCCAUCGAAGGGCAGCUCGAGUUGUAAAAGCAUUAUCCCCCCUCCAUCAUAAUUACACUGACAUGCGCAAUCUGCACACGGCCGUCAGCACCAGCCACCGACCGCGUAUUUCACCGGACCCGCUCCCCUUGAAGGAUCCCAUUCGCAGCUUGUAGAUGAGUCGGCGAAAGGCAGCAGCGAGUCACGCAAACGGAUCGACAUGUCCCGCCGUAAGCAAGCCAAACCGCAGCACCUCCGGCCGGGAGAGGAGGCGAGCCAGAGCGGGCUGCUGCGCCGCGCAGGCGAUGCUGCAGAAAGUCCUGAUGGAGACAACAGCGAGGAAACACGUAAUUGUGAGAAAUGCUGCGCUCAGUUUUUCUCCUGGACCGAACUGAGCGAGCAUCAGAGGGUCUGCACCGAGGACCCCAUGGUUGUGAUUGUAAAGGAGAGCGAGAGGCCUGACGAGUCUCCCGUCAGGCCCUCUCCGGCUCCCAGCGUGGCAUCCAGCGACUCGUCUGCAGCGGAGUCCACGGACGCCGGCUUCGAGCAGGGAGAGACUCUGAUGAAUGAUGAUGACAGUCUGGAUAACUUAGAGGAAGGGAGGGAGUGGGAUGAAAGUAUGGACCUGGACAAAUACACUUCAGCUUCCAGCCCUCAGCCUCCAGAUUCAGCCGAGUCCACGUCCCCCCAGACGUCUGCAGCCUGCAGCUACAGCCUGCCGAGCACCAACGUUACACUGGAGAUCCUCCACAGCACCAGGGUGGCUGUGGCUCAGUUUUCCCAGGGCAUCGCCAGCGACGGUCCUGGAGGGAAGGCGGCCUCGGCGGCCAUCCCGAUCAUCCUGGAGCACCUGCUGGCUCUGCAGCAGCAACAGGUCCACCAGCUGCAGCUCAUUGAGCAGAUCUGUAGCCAGGUGGCCGUGAUGAACAGACAGCCAACACAAGCGGCGUUGAACCCGGCGUCCAGGUCUCUGAGCCUGGCGCCCAACCCUUUCCCCUCUCCGGGUGUCAUCCCUCCUCCCAUCCUGCCCCUGUCAGGAACAAUGCCCUCCACCGUUAAUGGACAGGCUGCUGUGUCUUUGUCCCAAAGUCUCCCCUCUCAAACUAUCUGUGGACAGUCCACAUUUAGAGACGUUACCUGUACCUCAGCGUCCCCGGAGAACGCCACCCCGUCCCUCCCCAGCAGCAGCAUCUCCACGCUGCUGCCUCCGUACACCAGCUCCCUCUGCAGCACCAUGAGCAGCACCCAGACUCUGAGCUCCUCCAGCCCGCUGUCCCUGGCACCAAGCAGCAUCCUCAGCUCCUCCUCCAGCCUGCCGUUUCUACCUCAGAGCCCCCCAAGCAGCGUCAUCUUCCCCAAUCCCCUGGCUAGCAUAGCGGCCACGGCUAAUGCUCUGGAUCCUCUUGCAGCCCUGAUGAAGCACAGGAAAGGGAAGCUGCCGAGCGUGUCGCUGUUCGAAACCAAACCCAGCCCAGAAGAGCCCUUCUUCAAGCAUAAAUGCAGGUUCUGUGCCAAAGUGUUUGGCAGCGACAGCGCUCUGCAGAUCCACCUGCGCUCACAUACGGGAGAGAGACCCUUCAAAUGCAACAUCUGCGGCAACCGCUUCUCCACCAAGGGCAACUUAAAGGUGCACUUUCAGAGGCAUAAAGACAAGUAUCCUCAUGUUCAGAUGAACCCCUUCCCUGUGCCAGAAUAUCUAGACAAUGUGCCAACGAGUUCUGGGAUUCCCUACGGGAUGUCUGUCCCUCCAGAAAAACCCGUCUCCUCAUGGCUGGAUAGCAAACCAGUUGUUGCAACUCUUCCAGCCAGUAUGGGUCUUCCACUUCCCUCCACUGUUGCCAGUAUCGGAGGCUCGAGUGACCCUGUAAGUGUAACCCCAUCUGUUAAAUCUCCUUAUCAGGCAGCUCCUGCUGAAUGUGUAUCUGUGUCACCUAACCACAGAGGCAGUGAGGCUCGUUUCUCUCCUGUUUCAGAGUCUCCUCAGUCUAACCGUGAGACAGAAGCCUCCAAAAUACUGAAUACAGAGGGGGUGCACCUGCCUCAAAGCUGCACCCUGAGACUGAAAGCCACCAUGCCUGAGCCCAACCCCUCAGCAUCCCCUGUCUCCAGCUCGCCUCCCCUCUCAAACCUGGCAGACGUAAAAUUCAUGGAUUCUAUGCAAACGUCUGAAACCUCAAAGCUUCAGCAGCUGGUGGAGAACAUUGACAAAAAGAUUACAGACCCCAACCAGUGUAUCCUCUGUCACCGUGUCCUCAGCUGUCAGAGCGCGCUGAAGAUGCACUACCGCAUCCACACGGGCGAAAGGCCCUUCAAAUGUAAAGUGUGUGGCCGGGCCUUCACCACCAAAGGGAACCUAAAGACUCAUGUCGGCGUGCACAGAGAAAACCUGCCGGUCCAGGUGCAGCACUCGUGUCCCAUCUGCCAGAAAAAGUUCACCAAUGCCGUCGUCCUCCAGCAACACAUCCGCAUGCACAUGGUGGGGCAGAUCUCUGAGUCCACCAUGGUGGACCCGCUGCAGGAGCUGGACGGCGAGAACUUUGAUAGCCUCAGCAGCAACGGCAACGAGCUCACUGAUGAUUUGUCAAUGGAAGAUGACAAUGAGGAGGAGGAGGAGGAGGUAGAAAACACAGAGGAGGGGGCGAAUGCAGCUAAACCUUUUAUUUCUGAUUGUAAUUCUCCUCCUAAGUGUUCAGCUGCUGUGUCAAGUAUAGCUGCCUUGGAGAACCAGAUGCGGAUGAUUGAAUCCAGUGUAAGUCUAAACCACUGCUUUGCCUUGAAGCCGCUAAUAAAUGGAUUUAAAGACAGCAGCCAGCUCAGCAAUGACAGUGAAAAAAAGCUGGAGAACUUUAGUGAAAACAGUCCACAGGUGUCAGAAUCCUCAGUGUCUCUCUUUCAAAGCAUCCCGGAAGCCACAAAGAUCAAAUCACCGACAGCCGGCAACGAAAAACCAGAUUCCCAGGAGCCCCUGUCAGCCUCGGUGAAGAGAGAGGAACCCGAGUCUCCGACUUCUGCACAGGUUCUGCGGGGAUUCCAUCCUAACAAGUUCUGUGUGAAGGAGGAGGCGCUCUACAGUGUGACCUUCCACCCGAGCCGAGACCGAGCUGCAGGUCAAAUCAUCCCUGGCCCGAUCACAAGCUCCUCAUCAGUCACGACCAACGGCGACGUGAACGGACACAGCCAGUCCAACGCUGCGAUGGAAGGGCAGCAGCCGCCGUUCAGCGUCCACAUCGCCGCCAGCUACCCGGCCGUCUGCAGCCCCUCUCUGCUCGGCCCCGCCCCUCCUCGCCGGACGCCCAAACAGCACAACUGCAGCGUCUGCGGGAAGAAUUUCUCAUCGGCCAGCGCCCUUCAGAUCCACGAGCGCACGCACACCGGAGAGAAACCGUUCGUCUGUUCCAUCUGCGGGAGAGCUUUCACCACCAAAGGCAACCUGAAGGUUCAUAUGGGAACUCACAUGUGGAACAACACCCCAGCCAGGAGGGGUCGGCGCUUGUCGGUGGAGAACCCCAUGGCCCUGCUGGGCGGAGAGGCUGUGAAGUUCGGUGACAUGUUUCAGAAGGACCUGGCAGCUCGAGCCAUGAACGUGGACCCUGGAUUCUGGAACCGGUACGCCACGGCCAUCACCAACAGCCUGGCCAUGAAGAACAACGAGAUCUCGGUGAUCCAGAACCGAGGCCUCACUCAGCUUCACCCUCUGAGCGCAGGCGUGGACAGAGGGAGCGCCGCCAGGCCGGUAACCGGACUCACCAAGACCGCCAUGGACCUGGGAAGCAGCAGACAUUUUUCUAUGCUGAUUGAUGACAGCAAAGAAAUUGGAAUCAAUUGAAUAAAACUAAAUGUUGAAAUAAUUCUUAUGCAAAUUACUAUGGACAUUAAAAUAUUUGUAAAGCA